AUGGAUGAUCAAUAUAUAGAAAAAGCUAUUAAAACAUAUGAUAUCCAAAACAAUAGUAAUGACUGGUAUUUUAGUUCAAUCAGCAGAUAUCAAGCGGAAGACAUACUAAAAAACAAUGGUUUGUCUGACGGCUUAUUCUUAGUCCGUCAGAGUGUCUCUUCAGUUGGCGACUAUGUUCUCAGUUGUGUACAUAAAGGAUCUGUAGUUCACUAUCAGAUUCAAAGGAUAGGUACCGAUCCUUUCUUUACAAUCAAUAAACAGGAUAUUUAUCACGGAUUGGAUGUGCUUUUAAAACACUUGAAAAAGAUUAAUGACAGCAAUGAUAGCUUUUUUGUCCCAAAAGAUUAUUGUCGAGGCAUUAAUCCGCCUGAAAACGACAUUUUAAAGCCCGAUCGGACUAAUCUUUUGCAUAGAACAGUGGCCAGUGGUCUGCAAACAUUGGUAAACGACAUUUUAUGUGCCGAAAACAUACCAAACUUAGAGGUCAGAGAUGAGUUGGGUCGGACAGCUUUGCUUAUAGCUAUGAAUUUGGAUGAAAUAAAAGGCUAUCAAAUAGUGAGACAAUUGAUUAAAGCAGGCGUUGAUGUCAAUAGUAGAGACUUUGAAUCUAUAACUGCAUUACAGUUAUGCGCGAAACUUAAUAAACCAGUUUUUGCCAAAUUAUUAAUAAACGAGGGAAAGGCCCGAACCUAUGACCGAACUAUAGGCCAAAAAUGGGUUGCAAUGCAUUUCGCUGCUUAUUAUGGAAAUAUUGAUGUCUUAAAACUAUUACUAGAGUCGGGCGCUGCCCCUCAACCGCGUGACGCUAACAACAAUAGACCCGCAGAUAUAGCCUUUCAAUUAAAACACAUUAAGUGCCAAAAGUUAUGUGACUUUUAUGCCAAUCGACCGGUGUUUGCAUUUAAGCAUAAAAAUCAAUGGCUUUAUGAGCACUUAAGAAGUAGGUAUUCGACCAAUAAAUUGUUUGAAAUCUCAUCGAUGAGAGAGGGCUCAUACCUUGUUAGGAGAAGCGACACAAAAAAAGGCAAUUAUGUGCUCACCGUUUCGUGCACUCAAAAGAUUUAUAACUUUGAGAUUCAACACAAUUUUAAUCACUAUUAUAUAGACAGUGGGCCCUACUGGCCCUCAUUAGAGCAUCUGAUUGACUAUCAUAUGAGAAAUAGUGAUGGCCUACCCUCAAGACUGAGUGCACCCGUUUCAUCGUUUAUCGAUAUAUCGACUAAUGAAAUGUUAAUUCAUGGCAUAACUACAAACAAAACGGCUGACAGUGUCUAUAAUGAGCGUAACGAUCACAACAAAGAGUUGAAAUCAAUUUUAUUCAUCAAUAAAAAUGAUGUAAAAACUGGUUCAUUGAUUGGCAACGGAGAGUAUGGACUGGUAUUUAAAGGAGUUUGGAGUAGGGCUUCAAAAAACGAGAUCUCAGUUGCCGUUAAAUUAUUGAGUCAACAGGGCUUACAUACGAGACAUCUAAAUAAUAUUUUUAUUAAAGAAGUGGAAACCAUGGCAUGUCUUAGACAUGAAUACAUCAUAAGACUGUUAGGCGUAUGCAUUGGACCGCCAUUAAUGAUGAUACAAGAGUUGGCGCCAAUGGGCAGUCUUGUAGACUAUUUGACUGAUAAACCUAAUGGUGUGGACAUCACUCGUCAAUUGAAACUUUGGUCCAUUCAAAUAGCAAUAGGUAUGCGAUAUUUAAAGAGUCAGCACUUUGUUCAUCGAGAUCUGGCCGCCAGAAAUGUAUUGAUUGUGUCAUUAAAGCAAAUUAAGAUUUCCGACUUUGGCUUAUCUCGUGCUCUUACUCGAGAUCAGGCCAUCUAUAAGGCUUCCAAUGGUGAUCGUUGGCCAAUCAGAUGGUAUGCACCGGAAUCGCUAAAGUACGGUAUAUUCACUCACGCAUCGGAUGUUUGGUCCUAUGGCGUGCUGUUAUGGGAAAUGUAUAGUUAUGGUGAUGAACCGUAUACCGAUGUGGAGAACCGGGAGAUAAUUAGAUUUAUUGAGAGAGGAAAGCGACUAUCAAAGCCUGACUUGUGCUCCGAUUUAGUAUUUGCAUUGAUGUCUCUUUGCUGGUCUUUAGAUCCAUUGAAUAGGCCAUCAUUUGAUGAAAUCGUUCAAAUCUUAUACACUAAUGACUGCACUUAUGAAUCAAUGAAAGAUGAUAUCAAAGAGACGAUUGAUAUGUAA